AUGGACGUCGAAGUUGAAACUUCGCCUGGCUACUUCCGGCCGGAAGAUCUUACUAUCAGAGAACAGUUUCGUCGCUACGGUAAAAGGCACUCGGUAGCUAGCCCAAGUCAAGACAGUACGAACUCUAAGUUCAAGGACUCAAGGCUACUGUAUGAUGGGCAAAGCAUACACAGUCCCACAAAUGCUGUGCUUCUGCUCGAGGACAUUAAACAAGAGGCUGAUGGUACGGGUUCUGAUCACUUUGAUGCCACACCUGGGAGGUUUCAAGCUUCGGGUAAAAGGAGGAUGGUGAUUGAUGGAUUUUCAGAGAGUGAUCUCAUUGUCAAUCCAGAACUCCAGACUGGGACUCAAUCGCUCACAGCAUGCAAGAUGGAGGAUGAAUCAGCUGUCAGUGGAGAAGCAGUACUUGGGCUAUUUGCAUCUCUUCUGGAUUCUGCUGUUCAAGGCUUGAUGCCAAUUCCAUAUUUGAUUUUGAGAUUUGAGAGAUCAUGCCGUAGUGUAUCAGAAGAUAUAAGGUCCCAAUCAACCAUAAGGCAUCGAGUUCUAGAGGACAAAUUAAUGCGGCAGAAGGUUCAGCUCCUGCUUGAUGAGGCUGGCACCUGGUCUCUUCUCUGGCACCUCUAUGGGAAACCGACAGAAGAACCUCCUGAAGACCUACUUGUGUCUCCAUCAACUUCACAUAUAGAGGCGUGCCAGUUUGUUGUAAAUGAUCACACAACACAACUUUGCCUCCGUAUCAUUGAGUGGCUGGAGGGGUUAGCCUCUAAAUCCCUUGAUCUUGAAAGCAAGGUACGAGAACCUCGUGUGGGUACAUAUCUUCCGAAUUCUGGAAUUUGGCACAAUACACAACGGUUGCUGAAGAAAGGCGCAUCUGGUGUAAAUACUGUUCAUCACUUGGAUUUUGAUGCACCAACUCGUGAACAUUCUCACCAGCUACCAGAUGAUCAGAAACACGAGGAAUGUCUUUUGGAGGACGUAUGGACAUUGUUAAGAGUGGGAAGAGUAGAAGAGGCAUGCGAUCUUUGCCGUUCUGCUGGGCAGUCAUGGAGAGCUGCAAGUUUAAGUCCUUUUGGAGGAUUGAGUAUGGUUCCUUCUAUUGGGGCUCUUGUGAAGAAUGGGAAAAGUAGAACCCUCCAAGCCAUUGAGCUUGAAAGUGGCAUUGGUCAUCAAUGGCGUCUUUGGAAAUGGGCUGCGUAUUGUGCAUCAGAGAAAAUUGCAGAGCAGAAUGGUGGCAAAUAUGAAGCAGGUGUGUAUGCAGCACAGUGUAGCAACUUAAAACGGAUGCUUCCAAUUUGUACUGACUGGGAGCUUGCUGGGCAAUGGCCAAGUCUUUGCUUGAUAUUCAGGUUGAUCUGGAGUUAUCUGGCUUACAACCUGGGAGGGUUGAGCAGCUUAAGAGUCAUGGAGAUGAUGCUGAGGGAAGUCCUGUGUCAAAUGACAAUGGCCCUCAUGCUUCAGGUGGACCAGAUAGCUGGCCACUACAGGUCAAGAAUCAGCAACCAAGGAAUCUUUCAUCUCUUCUUCAAAAACUUCAUUCCGGGGAACUGGUUAAUGAAGCUGUUAUUAGAGGUUGCAAGGAACAGCAGCGGCAAAUUCAGGUGCUCUUUUUGA